UUGAAAUAUUUCAAACCUACAAAAUUUAAGUAAAAUAUUCGAAAAUUUUCCUUUCAAAUCAUGGCCAUUUGUACUGCGGAUUUCUGUAACAAAAUUAUGAUAAAACUUCAGAAAAAGUCCAUGGUUCCUUUGCCAUGCCAAGAAAGCCACCUUGAUGAGAGAAAUGCUGUACAUUCUGAAGAUGUUGAAUGGGUUUUGGAUCUUAAAGAAAAAAUUCCCAUUUGGAGUCGUUUGAAUGAGAUAAAUACUUCAGGUUACAGACGCAAAUUACCAAUGUCCAUGACCAAAAGCUAUGACAUCGAAAUAAAACAACGAUUAUGGUCUCUGUGGAGUUCUUUAGGGAAAAUAAAAAUCAAAUCUUCGCAAAAGCCAAAUUUGGCCACAAAUGUAAUGGCGCUGUGUGCAGCUUGUGUAUACCCCUUAAAUAGUUGGAACCCAAAUCUUUUGAAUGCCAUAGAUCAAUGUGGUAGAAAUUACUGUAAGGAAAAUUGGAGAGAAUGGCAAGACAAACUAAUAUGCCUUAAGCUUAACGAUUUGGCUGACGAAUGCGGCCCGGAGGAAAUACAACUUUCAGUAACUAAUGAAACCUCACAGAAAGGAGCCUUGUAUGGAGUGCCUUUGCAAGGCGGAUUUAAUUUGGCUUAUGCUUUAAUCAAUUUUCUAAAAUGCCAUCGUUAUGGCAUAAUUGAAUGCUGCCAGCGUUUUGUGACUUUUGGUUUCGAAUCUGGCCCACAGGGUGGAUACUUUAUGUUUGAUGGCCAGAGUAGAAAUUUCCCCUUGUUUCCCAAAGGUUAUGGAGCUCUAUAUAUACUGCGCACGAAUCAUUUGCAAAUACUUCUGUAUUGCAUAGUGGUAACACUGGCGGUACCACAAAAAGAAGUGGAGUUCUGCAUUCACAAUGUCGAAAUACAAAUUUUAAAACUGCCAAAAAUUCAAGGCCAUAAUGUAAAACGCUGUUGGAAAAUGAAUAAAUCCAAAACUAGUUUGCCAUCUCAACCAAAAUAUCACAUUCAAGCUAAUUGCUGCCCCAAACAAGACUGCGAACAUUUAAAAACGGACCAAAGCUGCGUUAAGCCCAAUAAUGCUGUUAGAGAUGAUAUGAGGCUAGGCCAUGAUUUUGUGAAAAUGAUUUGUUCGCAGACCAUUAUUCCAUUGACACGAGAGGAAAAAUUAGCACGUAGAGAGAAUUCAUUUGUUACAACAUUGCUCGAUGCCUUAAUUUGGAGACCUACAAGACAUAUAAAACAAAAUAUGUAUGGUAAAUAAUGGCAUAGAAGUAUUCUUCAUAACAGUGAAAUAUUUUAUGCAAAUAUUUGUUUUUGCAAUGUGAAACAACAAACGAGGCCCAUGCAAAUACAGACAGUGGGCUAUGAAGAAUUGAAGCUUUGUCGAAAAAAGAUCGCUACCGAAAGAUAAACAAACAGUAAAGGCAAACAAACACAAGACAAGGGCAAGGAAGGAUGGAAGCCAAGAAAUCACAGAACCUCAAGGAAAAUAUUUGCUCUCCUAACCACCUAUUCGGAUGGUUAUGCUUACUUCUUGCUUGCUGUAGGCAAUCACCAAACCAAAAAGCCUCCUUGGAUAAUUUGAAAAUCUAAAUGACUAAAUUAAAGUGAAAACAUUUAAUUGAUAUAUUGGUUGCCUUCGAUAUGCCGUGCCGCUUGACAAAUUGUGCCUAAAAAUUACAUAAUUAAGUAUUUAUGAAAUUAGCUUGAAAAGUCUGCGU